GCUCUUCCUUCUCCCCCCACCCCCGGUUCUCUCGGCGGCUCCCCUGGAGAAAUAUGUCGGAAGGAGUGGACCUCAUCGACAUCUACGCCGACGAAGAGUUUAACCAGGUGAGCGCGGCUGCGGACCCCGCUGGGUGGGCGUAAGGGCUGCGCCACCGUCUCGGCGGGAUGUGGAAGGGCGGCAGGUGAGCGCUAGAAGAAGAGGCGAACUCUCCACGAGCCCCGAAACUUCGGCCCGUGCUGAGGUCUCAAAAGAGAGGUUUGUCCUCAGGACUCUGAGUUUAGUAAUGCUGACCAGAUGGAUCUAUAUGACGACGUGCUAGCUGCCAGCUCACAACCUUCUGAAAGUUGCCCUAGCAGCUCCGAGCCACCACCCGAAAACCGGCAAGAGCAGUCUCCUAAGCCAAACAGCAAAUCACCUGCUAUCCUGUAUACCUACAGUGGGCUGCGUAAUAAGAGGGCUGCUGUUUAUGUAGGCAGCUUCUCUUGGUGGACAACUGACCAGCAGCUGACCCGAAUAAUCCGUUCUGUGGGUGUUUAUGAUGUGGUGGAACUCAAGUUUGCUGAGAACAGAGCCAAUGGCCAGUCCAAAGGGUACGCAGAAGUGGUGGUUGCCUCUGAGAACUCCGUCCACAAACUUCUGGAGCUGCUACCAGGAAAGAUUCUCAAUGGAGAUAAAGUGGAAGUGAAGUUGGCUACCCGGCAGAACCUUGCACAGUUUGAGGCUCAGGCUCGAAAAAGGGUGCCUCCGAGGGCUCACUCAAGGGAUUCCUCCGACUCGGUAGAUGGCCGAGCCACUCCGACAGAGAAUGCUGUGCCGCCGCCACGCAUUGAGAAGCCUCCUGUGUUGCCUUUCUUCAACCGCCCUCCUUCUGCGCUUCCUCUCAUGGGGCUGCCACCUCCACCCAUACCACCCCCUCCUCUUUCCUCAAGCUUCGGGGUUCCCCCUCCCCCUCCAGGAAUCCACUACCAACACCUCAUGCCCCCUCCCCCUCGACUUCCUCCACACCUCACUGUGCCACCUCCUGGGGCCGUGCCACCUGCGCUGCACCUCAACCCAGCCUUCUUCCCCCCACCCAAUGCAGCAAUGGGGCCCCCGCCAGACACCUAUAACAAGACCUCUGCAGCAUACAACCACAGCAGCAGGGAACUGGGCCCAUUGCCGCCUCCUGUCAGUGAAGCUGAAUUUGAGGAUAUCAUGAACAGGAAUCGAGCAAUUUCCAGCAGUGCCAUUUCCAAAGCUGUGUCUGGUGCCAGUGCAGGGGACUACAGCGAUGCCAUUGAGACCCUGCUCACAGCCAUCGCUGUGAUUAAACAGUCACGUGUCGCAAAUGAUGAGCGGUGUAGAGUCCUUAUCUCUUCACUCAAGGAUUGUCUUCAUGGCAUUGAAGCCAAGUCUUACAGCAUGGGCACCAGCAGCAGCUCUUCCAGAAAACGGCACCGGUCUCGGGAUAGAUCACCCAGUCGGUCUCGUGAGAGCAGUAGGAGGCACCGAGACGUCGUCCAUAAUGAAGAUCGGCAUGAGGACUAUUUCCAGGAAAGAAGCCGGGAGCAUGAGCGACAUAGAGACAGGGACAGAGAAAGAGACCGACAUCACUGAGAGAAGAGCGUGGGAAGCAUUCAGUGUUUUUAUGGACUCUUAUCUCCUCUCCUUAAUCAAGACUAAAAUAUGGAGGCUUCUCCACCCCCUCCUUCCCACUGCCCUCUGCUCUUUCCGGACCCCUUGGAAGGGACUUUGCCUGCAGAACUCCAUCUGGCACACCAUGGUAUUGGGACCUGAGCUCUGCCUGUGUGCUGUCGCUGCUGCUUGAUGGAGAAGCACUGAAUGACUUGGAGGGUGGGAGGGGUUGGUUGUCUGAGCCACCGUGACCAGGGGGCCACUUCAAUCCAUGGAUUCUUGGACUCAAAGAGAAUGGUGCUUUCCACAGAGGUCUCUCGCCUCUUUCCUUUCCGUGGCUUUUUUAGGAGCACUGGGGAAGGAGCCCAUCCAGCUCGUCUCCUGCGAGAAAAACUGGUGCUUCAGCACAGUAUGAGAUGUCUGACCCUAUUCUCCCCGGAACUCGUGUCCACGGUCCACGUUGCAUUGUUUUCUUAGGCAUCGAGGCAUCCAUUCCUCCUUAAAUCUGAUCCUUUUCCCCAAGCAGCUUCAGUCUUGCCCUCCAGCACCGUUGUACACAGCUUAGAAAACAGUAUUUCCCUGCUAGGGUGGAAGGCAGGCUGGCUGCUUCUUCGGGUGACCCCUCUUCUCCCUUCCUCCUUUAGUUGCGGGAAAAUGUCACCUCCUUUCUACCUGGCUUCUUCUAGAGGGGCCUGCGUUGGUCAACCGGCUCACAACAUUGAAUCUCCCUUAAAAAAUAGAUCUGGCUACUGCAGGUCCGCUUUCCACUGAUUUGCUAACCAUUUUUCCUCGCUUUGUUUCAUGCAAUAGCUGCUCCAGUUGUAACUUCUGAUGUAAACCUUUGUUUCUGGGGCCAGCCCCUCCCAGAUUGCCACCUUCCUUGUUGUAGAGGAAGUGUUGUGAACGGAGACCAUAGAAUGGAAAGGGGCAAAGUCAAGCUGGGGCUACCUGGAAGUUACCGAAUGCAGCACACCCUAAGCAUUUUUAAAAUUCUAUGUGAUGUACUUGUUGAACGUGUUGAUUUAAGGUCCAGAGCUUUCCUUGGCCCCUGCCUCCUUUUAAAAGGAGUUCCUUUUUGGAGUGGUUCACUCAUGAGUUUGCUUCAGAUAGCACCAUACCUCACUGAUCUCUGGCAUGCCAGUCUAGGGAGACGAUUAGAGACAGUGGGAGGCGUCUCUUCACACCACCAUAUUUAGCUGUGUUAUGUAAUCAUAAGUAGGGUUUCUGGAGCCACUCUAGUCACCAGGCAGCCCUUUGAGACCAGUUGCAGCAAAAACCUGCUUGUUCGGAGCAUUAUGGGACAAAAGCACCUGCAGAGUUCUUGAUUAAGCUCUCAUCUUUGAGUUGCAACCCUUCGGGUGUUCAUUUUCAGCUUUCAUUGCUCCAUCCUAGCCUGAGCACCCAGUUACUUAAAAUCAAGGUAACACGUUACACCCUGGAAUAUGCAGUCUCCAGCAACUGGAUCUCGGUAGUGAGGCCAAGCAUCUGUUGUGUUCACGAACACUUAAUGUGAUUGUUCAGCUGCAUGGUGAAGCCUCCCUUGUAGAAGGACCCUGUUUUGUCUCACAGAACAAUGUUGUGAGCGGAGGGGGUGGUGUCUGGCAAAGGAUGUUCUUGUGUGAUGUGGCACCUCCUUUUGUACUGUUGAUCACAGAGGUGCUCAGCUCUAAAUGUGGUUUUUUUAAAAAAAUAAAACGGGGAAAGUUGUGUAAGCAAUGGAGUGACAACUUAAACUGUAAAAUAUAUUAAAAAUUGAUGAUUGGAAAAGUUGCUUUUUACAUAAUGGACAUUUUUAGUUUGUUUUGAAAUAAUGGAAGUAAGAAAAGAAAGAAAUGAAACAACAGAAACAUAGCCUUGGUUCCUCUCAACUCACCCACCCCUGUUCUUCGUGAUUUGAUUUGUUUGUCUCUUUCUGAUAGGUUGGAAAUUGUGUAAUAAACUUGAUGAUAUUGUCAAUCUUU